GAUAGAUUUGAUGAAAAACUUCGUCAAGAUAGUAGAGAUAGUCGAAUAAAAGGUUGUUUAAGUCUUGCUCUAAAAGAUCGAACACAAUUUUUAAGUAGUAUGGAAAAAUUAAGUCGAGAACAAUUAACUAUUGAAGAUUUAGAUCAAUUUAUUAAGUUUUUUGGCGAAAGUAGUCAGGAAAAUAAUUUGAAAAUUCACAAAGAACAAUUAGAUAAUCAAUUAAGAACAAUUUUAGAUGAGAAACAGAAAAAUAAUAAUGAACUUGUAGUAACAGAACAGGCAAAAUUGAUUAAAAUCAAUUAUGAAAUGAGUGAAAUUCAAAAACAACUUGAUUAUUAUGUUGCGAAAUUUGAAAUUACUAAAGAAAUUAAUAUUGAUGAUUUAAUUGUCUUACUAGGAGAGAAAAUUGAAUUAGUUAUUGCUCCUUAUACUUUUUCAAAAGAGACAAUUGAUAAAAUUAUAGCAAUUGGAAAAAUAACAGAAAAUAAAAAUGUUGCAAUUGCUAUUGUUCAGUUUUUAAAUAUUUUAUCUGAUACAAAACAAAUAGAAGAAGAAAUUGAAAAAGUGUUAGCUAACAUUUUACCUCAAAUUCCUCAAGAUGAUACAGUAAACAUUGUUUUGACUCUUAGUAAAAAGUUAGUAAAAAUUGUAAAUUAUUCGAGUUUAUUAAAAUUUAUGUAUGAAAUAUUGAUUGAGAAUAAAAAUAAAAUUUUGAGACAAAAUGCAUUUAAACUUUUACAAACGUGUGAAUUUUAUUCAAAUAAUCUUAAAUAUAUAAAUCAAACAAUUAAAUUAGAAAAAAAAUGUUUGAAUAAAGAUAAAAAUAUAUUUGAAGAUUGUUUAGAACAAGUAAAAAUUCAAAAUAAAUUAACAUUAAAUUGUUUUGAAGAAUUAAUAAAAGAUUUUUCUGUAAAUGAAAUUAGUAAAAUAAUUGAACAGAUUAUUGAACAAGAUAUACAAAAGAUACCAAAAUUUUUUAUUGAAAAAUUUCUUGAAUAUCAAAAAAUGUCUUGUUCAGAUAAGAAUAGUCAAACAACAGCAAAUAUAAUGAGUAUUAGAAAGUCAUUGAUUCGAGGAAAAUAUAUUAAUUUAACACAAAUUCAAAAUAUUGAAGAAUUAAUUGAUCAUCCAAACGUAAGCAAUGAUGUUUUUGAUAUUUUGUUUGCUGAAUUUACUAAUGGAAAUAAUAUUUCAAAUGAAAUUAUUGAAAAAGUUAAACGUACAGCAAUAACUAAUGAAUAUGCAGAAAAUUUGAUAAAAUUAAUAGAUAAAACGUCCAGUAGUAUUGAUAUAUUAAGAAAUCCGAGAAAACAUUUAAUAGAACGAAAAGACGCUCUUGAUAAUAUUGUAAAUGAUAAGCGAAAUCAUACACCGUAUGCAGCGAAAAUAUUACAAAUACUUAUUAAAAAUGAUAAUGAUUUAAGAGAAGAUUGUUUUAAAGCAUUGAUAACAAUAUUGCCAAUUGAUUAUACAAAAACAGAUUUUAAAAUUGAUUUAAAUGAAAUAGCAAAAUCUAUUUAUGAUUGUAAUAUUAGCAUAGAAAAUCUUGCUAUUUUAGUAUAUAAGGACAAAACAGCAGAUUUAUCACCUAUUUUGCCUAUAAUAAUCGAUCGAAUUGUUGAUCAACAAGUCAGUGUACUGACUUUAUUAGGUGAAAUAUCUUGUUUUGAACAAGGAGAUAAACUUAUUGGCAGUCAAAUUGAGAAUUUAUUGAGUAUAGCUUCUGAUACAACUAAUAAUGAACUUCGAAUUAAAAUUGUGAAUAUUAUAGAAAACAGUAUAAAAAGUAAAGAAGAUCGUGAUAAUAUUGAAAUUUUAAAACGAAAUAAAAUUGAUGAAACAGAAAUUAAAUCUUGCUUGACUAAUGAAUUACAUGAACUAAAUAGUUUAUCAAAAUUAGAUAUUAAUAAGGAAAUGUUACAGAAUUUAAACAAAAAUAUUCAAGAGCAAGGACAUUCAAUUACUGAAGAUAAAAUAAUUUUGUUAAUUGAAGCGUUAGUAAAUUCAAAAUAUGAAAAUCUUCAACAGCAGAUAAGCGAAACAUUAUUACAAAUAGAUAUUGAACAAGGUUUAAACAAUAAGGCUAGAACUAUUUUAUAUGAUUUAAUAAUUCAAAAUUCAAAACUUAUCAGUAUAUCGAGUAUCGUAUGUAUUGUGACCAUUGCUCUAAGUAGAAGUGAUACAGAGGUACCUGAUAAAAUAAUACAAAAUUUAUGGAUACAAUUUGAAAGAGAAAAUAUAGAAGAUGAGACAUUUAUGCAUAGUUUAAUUUAUGCUGUAACAACACUUAUUGCUAAAAAAGAACAAGAAAUACCUAAAAACAUAUUGAAAAGAGUAGCCAAUGUUUUAACAAAUAAAAGAGAUGAUAUACAAUUAAGAAUUGCUUGUGCAAAUAUUUUAUCAAAAGAGAUAGAACAAAAUCUCAAUUAUGUUGAGAUAUCUCGAUCACUUAUUAAAUCAUUGCAAGUAGUAGCAUUAGAAUCGAGAAACAAUAAAAAUGAAGAUAUAUUGAAUAAAUUUAUUUUUCAAAUAUUAGAAAAAUCUGCUAAAGAAAAUGAUUUAUCAGAUCAGUUUUUCAUCGAGUAUUACGAUAAACUUAAAAAACGGGCAAUAAUUUUAGAAGAAAAUUUGAGUAAACAAGAUUCUUUAGCACAAUUAAGCCGAUUAGAUGCAUAUAUUUUAACAGAAUCAAAUAAUUUAAAAAAAUUUCAUCUGUUAAAUACGCUUAAUAGUACACUUGUAAAUUGUCAAAAUAUUGACAUGACAAUUUUUAAUCAAUUUGAUUCGAGUGAAUGGGAAAAAGAAAUAUUAUGUAGUGAAUUAUUAACAGGAAUAUUUAAAUUAAUUUCACAAAAAGAUGAAGGAAUAAAUGAAUUUGAAUUAGACAAAUUUCGAAAAAAUAUUAAUUUAGUAGAAAUUAAUCUAACAAAAACUAUAUUAAAAAUAUUAAUUGAUAAACAAAAUAUUUAUCAAUUUGAUCUUGAAUCUGUUAACGAUAUUUUAUUCAUGUUAUUACAAUUAGGUGGAAAAAAACGAAUUAGUCACUCAGAGUCACUCACAUCCGCACAGAGCCACGAAGAGACACUCAUAGCCACUCAGAACCACUCGAACACAUCUGAAUGUGUGUUUUCGCCCUUGGAUAGCUCCUUAGACGAAACAACGAUUAUCAUCGCUUUGAAUAUUUUACAAAAGAAAGAUGAUAGUUUUUUUCUAGAAUUACAAGAAUUAUGGUUAAGUAAAAGAUUUGAACAUUUUAAAAUAAAAUUUAAUGAUGAAAAUUUAAAAAUAUUGAAUACAUAUUUAACAUUCAGAUGUGAAAUAAUAAAUCAUAUUUUAAGUAAAAUAAAAGAAAAUACAAAAAUUGAAGAAUUAAUUGAAUUUUUUGUAAUAUUAACAAAUUGUGGUUUAACACAAAAUAGUUGUGAAAAUUUUUUAGUAAAUGAAAUUGUUCAUAAAACAAAUAUUAAAAAUUGGCAAUUAAAAUUAAAUGAUAGAUUAGUAGGAUUACAUUUAACGAAUGAAUAUCCAAUCUAUAGUAAUUAUCUUAAAAAUAUGAACAAUUAUAAAUUGGCACUAUCAAAAAAUGUUGUAUUUACUAAAAAUGCGUAUAAUCAAGCAAAUACAACAUAUUCGUACAAUGCAAAUGAUAUUGUACAAAUAUCUUCAGAAUGGAUGAAAGAUUUUGCUAAUAGUUUUAGAAUUACAAAAGCGUUAGAUCAACAAGUUGACAGAAGUUUACGUGAUAUUUUAACGAAAAUUUUAAUUGAAUAUAAACAAGAUCAAAAAUCGACAAUUAUUCCUUUAAAUAUUGUCGAUAAUCAUUGGAUUGUUUUGACAAUUAUUCAUCAUCAAAAUAAGGAUAUCGCAUUGUAUAAAGAUUCGUUAGGUGAAGAUAAUUUUGUUAAGAAAAGAGAAGAAAUACAGAAGAUAUUACUAGAGAAAUUUGAAAAUAUUAUUUUUAAAUUUCAUAAAUCUUGUGAUCAGUCAGAUUGUUAUAAUUCUGGAGUAUUUGUUCUAGCCAAUAUGAAGAUUAUUGCUAAACAAUUGAUUGAUAAUAAAAAAUAUUUUAUUGAAAAUUAUGAAAUGAAUAAUUUUAUUAGUGAAAAGGGAGUAAUAGAACUUCGUCAAGAAACAUUUCCAAAGAUGUAUGCUUUAAGUAUAUGUCAGUUAUAUAAGCGAAAAAAAGUUGUUAAUCAUCAUUCUGUUGAACUGAAAUUAAUUCAGAAAUUACUUGAAGAGAAAAACGACAUUGUAAAUUAUUCGAUAGUUAAAGAAAAAGAAAAGGAACUUGAAAAAAAUGAACUACGAUUAUCAAUUGAAUUACCUGAAGAAGAAAAUUUAGUAAAAAAGAAUUAUCAAUAUUUGUAUGUAAUUGAAACUUCAAAAUAUUUGAAUUUUGAUCAUAGUAGUGAUUUAAGAAAGAAAAUUAUAGCUAUUCUAGGCAUAAAAGAAAUAUAUUCUGUAGAAGAAAAUGUUGUUAAGAUAUUAGAUCAAAAAUUAACAGUUCUUAGUAAAAUACAACAGAAAAAAUUAGAUCAAAGUGAAUUAACAAUUAAAACAUCUGAUAGUGAACUGAAAGGAUUAUUAGACGAAUUGAGUGUUGAUUCUAA